GUAAAUCUUGUGGCGGUGCGGAGCGCUCGCUCGGCUCGGCCCGGCCAGCCCCAGCCCUCCCCAGCCCUGCCCCGCCGCGCCACGCGCCGCGCCACGCCACGCGCCCCGCGCCCCACGCCGCGCGCCCCGCUCCGCGCGCUCCGCUCCUCCGCCCCCCGCGCCGCUCCUCCGCGCGCCCAGCCCCGCGCGCCCGUCCGCCCGCCCUCGCCCCAUUAUCAUAUUCAUCAGCGGCGGGGCUCGCCGGCUGCGCGCGCGUUCCCCGCGCGUGUCCGCGUGUGCGUGUCGGCGCGCGGGCGGCGGGGGUGCAUGUGCCUGUGCGUGUCCGCCUCCCUCUCCUGCCACCGGCAAAAAAAAAAGAGAGGCUCAGUGUCGUCGCCUUCGCACGGAGGGGCAAAAUUGCAGCGACUUUAUUAGCCGGGCAGUUGCAAUUCCCCGGCCGGCGGAGCGGCGGGGGUGUGCGGGCGCCCGGCCCGGCGGAGCGCGCACCGCUGAGGAGUAAGUGACCUGCCGGCUCUUAGGGUCCCAGGAUUCUUGAGCUGAGCCCAGCUGACAAGCUUUUGAAGAUGGCACAAUAACAGUCCAGUGAUGCCUGACCAUGACAGCACAGCCCUCUUAAGCAGGCAAACCAAGAGAAGAAGAGUUGACAUUGGAGUGAAAAGGACGGUAGGGACAGCAUCUGCAUUUUUUGCAAAGGCAAGAGCAACGUUUUUUAGUGCCAUGAAUCCCCAAGGUUCAGAGCAGGAUGUCGAGUAUUCAGUGGUGCAGCAUGCAGAUGGGGAAAAGUCAAAUGUACUCCGCAAGCUGCUGAAGAGGGCGAACUCAUAUGAAGAUGCCAUGAUGCCUUUUCCAGGAGCAACCAUAAUUUCCCAGCUGUUGAAAAAUAACAUGAACAAAAAUGGUGGCACGGAGCCCAGUUUCCAAGCCAGCGGUCUCUCUAGUACAGGCUCAGAAGUACAUCAGGAGGAUGUAUGCAGCAACUCUUCAAGAGACAGCCCCCAAGAGUGUCUUUCCCCUUUUGGCAGGCCGACUAUGAGCCAGUUUGAUGUGGAUCGGUUAUGCGACGAGCACCUGAGAGCUAAACGCGCCCGGGUUGAGAAUAUAAUUCGGGGUAUGAGCCAUUCCCCCAGCGUGGCAUUAAGGGGCAAUGAAAACGAAAGAGAAAUAGCUCCGCAAUCCGUGAGUCCCCGAGAAAGUUACAGAGAAAACAAACGCAAGCAAAAGCUGCCACAACAGCAGCAGCAGAGUUUCCAGCAGCUGGUUUCAGCAAGGAAAGAGCAGAAGCGAGAGGAGCGCAGACAGCUGAAGCAGCAGCUGGAGGACAUGCAGAAGCAGCUGCGCCAGCUGCAGGAGAAGUUCUACCAGAUCUACGACAGCACCGACUCCGAAAAUGAUGAAGAUGGCAACCUGUCUGAAGACAGCAUGCGCUCCGAAACCAUGGAUGCGAGGGCCGGUGACUCUGUCGGCAGGUCGGACAACGAGAUGUGCGAGCUGGACCCGGGUCAGUUCAUCGACCGGGCACGGGCCCUCAUCCGGGAGCAGGAGAUUGCGGAGAACAAGCCGAAAAGAGAAGGUCCCAAGGAGAAGGAGCAAGGGCCAAACGCCUUCCACCCUGAAGGCAAACAUUUGGCCGAGACGCUGAAGCAGGAGCUGAACACCGCUAUGUCACAAGUUGUGGACACGGUGGUCAAAGUUUUCUCAUCCAAGCCCUCCCGCCAGCUUCCUCAGGUCUUCCCGCCUCUCCAGAUCCCGCAGGCGAGGUUCGCCGUCAAUGGGGAGAACCACAACUUCCACACGGCCAACCAGCGCCUGCAGUGCUUCGGGGACGUCAUAAUUCCCAACCCCCUCGACACCUUCGGCAGCGUCCCCAUGCCCGGCGCCACCGACCAAACCGAGGCGCUGCCCCUCGUCGUCCGCAAAAACUCCUCCGACCAAUCCGCCUCGGCCCCACCAGCUGGCAGCCAUCACGCCUCCCUGCACCAGUCCCCGCUCUCGGCCACCGCUGGCUUCUCCACCUCCUCCUUCCGCCACCCCUUCCCGCUUCCCCUUAUGGCCUACCCCUUCCAGAGCCCCCUGGGCGCUCCGUCGGCCUCCUUCCCGGGGAAAGAGCGCGCUUCCCCCGAAUCCCUCGACCUGACCCGGGAGACCACCAGCCUGAGGACCAAGAUGUCAUCGCACCACAUGAACCACCACCCCUGCUCGCCGGCCCACCCCCCCAGCGCUGCUGAGGGCCUUUCCUUGUCCCUCAUAAAGUCCGAGUGCGGCGACCUGCAAGACAUGUCCGAAAUCUCGCCCUAUUCGGGAAGUGCAAUGCAGGAAGGCUUGUCACCGAAUCACUUGAAAAAGGCCAAGCUCAUGUUCUUUUACACCCGGUACCCAAGUUCCAAUAUGCUGAAAACCUACUUCUCAGACGUGAAGUUCAACAGAUGCAUUACCUCUCAGCUCAUCAAGUGGUUUAGCAAUUUCCGUGAGUUUUACUACAUUCAGAUGGAGAAGUAUGCGCGGCAAGCCAUCAACGACGGGGUCACAAGCACUGAGGAGCUGUCUAUAACCAGAGACUGUGAGCUGUACAGGGCCCUGAACAUGCACUACAAUAAAGCAAAUGAUUUUGAGCAGGUUCCAGAGAGAUUCCUGGAAGUGGCUCAGAUCACGUUACGGGAGUUUUUCAAUGCCAUUAUCGCAGGCAAAGAUGUUGAUCCUUCCUGGAAGAAGGCCAUAUACAAGGUCAUCUGUAAGCUGGACAGUGAGGUCCCUGAGAUUUUCAAAUCCCCAAACUGCCUACAAGAGCUUCUUCAUGAGUAGAGAGUUCAGCAGCUAUUUAUGAAUGUAUGAAAGUAGCAGUCCCUUUCUGAUGCCCAAGUCAUGUGUGUCUCUAUUUUAAUUUCAUAUAUAUGUGUAUCGCAUACAUAUAUAUGUAUAUGAAAUUAGACUGUUUCCCUCCUGGGAUUUAAGUUUUCGUUCAGUUCCAAGGGGAUGGUUAUUUUACUUCAGCCUUCAGUUUACUUUUGCCCGAGACCCUUAACAUUUGGAGAAUCAACUGGGUUAAUUUUCAGGGAGAAGAGUUUGGAAGCGUGCAAAAGCCUGUCUUAGCAAGUUAGGGCAUUAUGUUUAAAAAUGCUUUGUCAGAUUUAUUGCUUGCUGCAAAGUGGCAUUUUGUCUUAGUGAGACUAAUGUCAUGGCACAAUACUACAGACAAUGAAGUUUAUAUUAUGUUUAUACUGCUAAAGGUCUGAACUCUGUGGAGUCACUUCACAAGCUUCGAGCUUUUUUUUUUUUUUAAUUUUAUAUGCUUUUUUAACCAAUAACUAGAUUUUGUUUCAUACUUCAGAAAACUACAACAUCUUUUUUAGGUACUCACUCCAAGAAGUGAUACCCAAAAAAGCAAACCCUAUUCUUCAUGCUUUCCUUACAGAAAUGAUGAAUACCCUGCACCAGUAAUCAACAUGCCAGGUUGUUGCUUCUCUAAAUUGCAGCAAGGGACAUUUGCACAAAUCAAAUACCGUUCUUGCAGGAUGAGGCCAGUAAUUCAUGCACAAUAUUGUAUCAACCACACUAAUUUUGGAAUAUGGUCAGCUUGUUAAAGCGGAAGCAUUUCACUCUCCAUAGAGUAAAAAUGAAACCUUCAGCGUCCUAUAUUGCCAUGUCUUGGUCUUGAAGUGGCAUUAGUCCCUAAAUUUAUUCUUUUCUUAGUCCAUUCUGCCCCCAAAUGUCCCCUUUCCAGUAUACAAAGUUUUCUGUCUGUAUUUGACAUCUGUCCUGAAAAGCACUUUCUGAAUGAUCUUAGAUGUAGUAGAAGAAAGGGUCUUCACCUCACAUUGCUGAGGCAAAGGAAAAAAAAAAAACAACUUGUUUGUAGCUGUAAAAUAUAAGUAGUCUUUUCCUAAUCAGAAGAAUAAAAAUCACAUUUUCAUAAAAGUGUAUCAAGCAUAUACAAAAAUCUCAGUGUCCUCCUGGCUAUGCAGGGUUCAGAUAGCCAAAUUGGAUUUAUAAAAUUACAGUAAGUGCAGCUUUAAAAAAAAACCUAUUUGAGCAAUGUGCUGCACUUGUCUUCUGAAGCUGGAGCUAGUCUUGACCAAAAUCUGAGAUACAGUGUAAAGUCCAUGAUGGACCUGGGUUCGCCUGAAUGCUAUACCACGAUAUGUCAGCAGAUGGAAAGAAAGCUAGCUGCUAGUUCUCAUGCUUUCUUCAGUGGCUCUCCUUUUCUCACGUUUUCAGAAAGGUAUCGUCUCCAGAAGUUUGGGGGAAGGUUGAAUAUGCUAUGGCACUCUGUAUUUGUCAUUUUUCUCUGUCGUCUUUUGUACGGAUGCAGUAAGAAUUUAUUGUUAUCGUCAAUAGUAUUUUCCCCUACAUAAUUCAAUCUGAAUCUAGAGGAAGUUCCUAAUUAGCUGCGAAUUAUAUUUAGACCAUCGAGAAUAUUGGUAUCUUAUUUCUUUAUUUUAAAAAUUACAUUUUGACUUUGGAGAGUGAAAGUUUACCCAUGUGACUGAAGAGCUGACCUGAUCAUUGCAAUUUCACUUCAUUUACAAAUACUGCUGAUAGACAGAAAUGUAUGAAAGCAAUUAUUGUUAGCAGAAAGCCUUAAAAACCUGCUGACUUCAAAUUAAACAGCACAAUCCUACGAUUCCCUGUCAUUCUUUUCAAGCACUGGCAGUAUCUGUGGAGUAUAGGCAAUGCAGACAAUAGCAUGGGAUGAAGUGCCAACAUUUUCACUAUGCAUUAAAAGCAAAACAAAUCUUCUUGAUCUUAGACUCCCUGAGAGUACCUGAUACUGUACGUAUCCUUACAGUAGACAGGAUGUGGGUUUUUCUUUUCUUUUCUUUUUUCUUUUCUUUUCUUUUCUUUUCUUUUCUUUUCUUUUCUUUUCUUUUCUUUUCUUUUCUUUUCUUUUCUUUUCUUUUCUUUUCUUUUCUUUUCUUUUCUUUUCUUUUCUUUUCUUUUCUUUUCUUUUCUUUUCUUUUCUUUUCUUUUCUUUUCUUUUCUCUCUUCUCUUCUCUUUUCUCUUUUCUUCUCUUUUCUCUUUUCUUCUCUUUUCUCUUUUCUUUCCUUCCAUUUUCUUCCAUUUUCUUUUUUCCCCCCCCUGUUUUGUUUCAUUUUAGGUUUUUUUUUUCUUUUUUUCUGUGUGUGCAUGAUUUGGUAAACAUUACACUUCAUAAAGAUGUAAAUUACACUUCAUAAAGAUGUAACUCCAAUGAAUUCUGAGUGAGAAAGAAUGAAAAUUGUGUUCAUGCACUUUUUUGAUUUAUGGGAAGAAGUGGCAUAAAAUGCUCAAGUUUUAAUACAGGAAGUUCAUCAGUGGCAUACCAUCAGAUACAAAAUAUAACACUGCAUUGUCACCUUGGACAUAAGAAAGCAAAGCCAUACUUUAGUCAUACUAUGUGGACAUACUGCUAGCUACCAUCUCAAUCUGUGGUUUUACCGUUACUUUUAUUAUGUUUAUUAUUCUUGUUGUUAUUAUUAUUAUUACUAUUAUUACUAUUAUUAUUAUUAUUAUUUGGCUGCAAUGUGAUUCACAUAUUCUAAAGAAGUGAAAUUGUGUACUCAACACUUGAUGUUGUUUCAUUUAUUUAUUUAUUUAUAAGUAGCAUAAUCUCAAUAGUAAAUGAGGCAUAGGAAUUAAGAGUAGAAAUUUCAUCUUAAAAGCAAAAUAAAAAACUCCUUCGUCUGAAAAAGGAAUACACAAUAAUUUUAUCAUUUCAGUGAUGUGAUUUUUCUGCAUUUUACAGCCAUAUUGCCUUUGUGCUUCCCAAUACACCUAAAAUUAUAAAUACAUGGCAUAGCUCCUACUAAAUUUUAAGUAGAAAGCGGUUUCUUUCAAAUGAUCUCAAUAUUAUUUCAGUAAAAAUGGCUAAAAGGCAGGAGGCUACUUUUAUUGUAAUGAAAAGUUUACAUAGGGAAAGAAUUUCAAAAUCCAUGUAGAAACCCCAUGUUGCCAUUCAUUUAUUCCUAAUUCAGAUUUAUUUCUGCAUAUAAACUUGAGGUUAUAGUCUGUGCCUAGACCUUCAAUGCACCAGCGGAAGGAUAAAAAAAAUCCUUCAAAAUACCAGUUUUUCCCCCACAAGUACAAUUGUUCUUGUGCCUUCUGUGGCUUACAAUUUUCAUCUUUUAAAUUUUAUUUUUCAAUUACUACAGCUGCAAUAAACACUGAUUUUUUUUUUCCGGCUGUUUGACAUAAUGUUGAUAGCUAUGCAUAUUUUGUGUCUUUUUAAAAAUUAAAAAAAAAAACAAAGCAGGAGAAUACGUUUUUGAAGAAGAGAAUUUUUAGAACAGUUUGAUAACGCAAAUUAUUUUUUCUCAAUUGUUUGAGCAGCAUUCAAGUUUUGAAAAUUCUUGUAGAAGCCAAUUUUUUGUAACUGUGGUGCAAAUCUUGUGUUUUCUUAGCCUGAUGAAAAGUAGUAUAGAAGCAAUAUUUCAUACGUGACAUAUGUGCAUAUACAUAUACAUACGUAGUGACACACACAAAGACAAAACGUGCGGGUGUAUGUAUGUAUAUAUACACAGAAACACACACACACACACAAAAUAUGCGUAUGAAGUGAAAAGCUUACCUUUUUCCUAUCUAGAUUAAGAACCUAUUUUAGACAUUUGUUAUGUUUUGUGAAAAGAAUGUUCUAUUUGAAAAUACAAAACAUUUAAUUCUUACUGUAUCUCUGGUUGUUUAAUGGGAACGUUUCACAUUUAAUGGUAAACACGUGGAAGAUGUUAGAAUGUAGUAAUUAUUUAAGAAAGUGUUCACCCAUGUAUUCCUGAGGUUUGCUUUGUGCCUCUGAGUAUUAUUUAAUUAAAGUGUUUUAAGUUUGCAGAAUCUUUGUUACUGUACCAGGUAUGUGGGUGAACAUGGAAAAUCGAGGGGAACUUUUAUAAAGCAAUGUAAAUAUUCAACCUUAUGGCUGUUCUUGCAUAAAGACAUAAGACUUUAAUAACUACAUUCUGAAAACAUCUGUUGAAUUUAUAAGAAACACUACAGUAACUGUAUAGAUAGUUGAAAGCAUUCUUGAAAAUCCAGCUCUCUACUUUUAAAAGUUAAGUCUCUUUCAUCAGAUGUCAAGGGAAUGGGUAAUACAGUUUCUGUAAAAUUGCAGAAUUUUUUUCUAUGUAUAUGAAGUCAGUUAAUAGAGAAAUUUUUUUUCCACAGGUUAAUGUUAAUUAAGAAAAAAAGGUGAAGAUUUUGUGGCUUUAAAGAUAGGAUUUUCACCAGCAGCAUUGAAAGAUUAUACAUAUAUAUAUAUACAGAAAGAUAUAUAUAUAUAUUAAAAAUGGAAAGUGGUUUACAAAACCCCCAAAAUGAGCACUGUACAUGAGAAGUGAAAGCAAAAACUAUAUUUGCCAUGUGUAUUAUAUAGCAAUCAUUGGUGUUAAUAGUGCAAAUGUUUCCUUCUGGUACCAACUAUGUGUUUGAAAAUUCCAAUACGCAUUGUUUUCAAAAAGCUCCCCUUAAGGAAUGUAACUGGUUUAUAUGAGUAAGCAGUUACUGUAUUGCACUUAAAUGUUCUGUUGAAGGAAAUG